AUGUCUACCAGAAAACCUCGUCCCCAGGACAGCUCAAUUCUGGGCGAGUCCUGGGUUGUAGCUUUACCUCAUGAGAACGAGCAACAAGAUGAACAUCAGCCAUCUGAGCCUUCAAGCCCAACACCUCGACCAGCUAGAAGGAACCGCAACUAUGGAUCUGAGUCCUUGUCUACCUCCACUUCAUCCGCCUCGGGACCAGAACUAAUUAUGCCGUCAAUAUACGAAGCGCCUCUAUCAGAAGGAUCUUGGGUUGCGCCCACCGCUCGAUCCAAGCGGCCUCUUAGACGGAGGCCUCAAAAAUCGCCCAAGGAUUCGGCGCAAGAAGGGAAACAACAGUCUCCCUCGCCCAAACAAGAUGUCACGGCGGCAACGCGAACACAAAGAUCUCGCCAACCAAAAGCGACCCAGCCUCGCACAUGGAAAUUCGUGGAGUCACUCCUACGCACAAUUCUCAAUUGUGCGCUUAUCGCCGCCAUCGCUCACAUGCUCGUCCUUCCCGAAAUAGUCCAACAAUACCAAACGCUUUGUUCUUCGGAGAAAAUAGCAACUCUAUACCCAGCCAGUUGCAUCCCACCAUAUCCCCAGCCACAACACCCCCGCCACCAACCAGCCCCCCGGGACACCAUCACUAGUUCACAAUCGCGGCUCGAGACCCUGCUCAGCUCUACCCUGAACGAAACAGACCCUCUCACCAGCACACUAAAACAAAGUGAAUCCAAGCUGCGCGACAUCCACACCGAACUCAAGCAAGCCUACCCAGGCAGCAAACACGAACUAGACCUCGAGUUCACGGGAUGUCUUCAAGCCACCCGCAUCGCAGCCGGCAAAUUCGACUCGCUCCGAGCCGACAUCCGCUCAGCGGUAGAUAGUCUGAUCGCCAGCGGCGACAACAUUCAAACCUUGACUCAAGACGCGCGUCAUGCCACCCAAAUGGCCCGACGAGAACAAUACCUCGACCAGCUCACCACACGCAUGCAGUCCAAAGUCAGUUCCCUCUCCAACGACCUCGCCACGCUCGAUGACCAUCUCGAAUCAAUCGGGACCAUCGUAGCCCGCGAAUCAAAACAAUCAAAGCCAAGCUCUUCUAUUCAUGCGCCCGGGCCUAAUAAUCCAGGGCCCGAACCAGUACCACAAUCAGACCAGCCACCUCGUCUGCGCACCUUCGUUAACUCACUCUUGGGCGUCAACUUACCUGCCAUGCUCCGCCCAAUCACCGCGGAGCCGGAAAGCGCCGUCUCCAGCCCGGAUCCCUCACUAGCUGACCUUUUUCGAGAAGCGUCCACCAAUCAUCGCCCGGUCAUCCAGGUCGUCCGAAACCUAUCGAAUCAGCUUCAGAUACUGCAACAAAGAAGAAAUAUUGUUAUCUGA